AACAAGGCGUAAGUAUACAGAAGAGAUCCCGUGUGGACACCAGAAGACCUGUUCCCCGGAACAUCGAAAACUACAAGUUCCACGCAGAGCUGGGACAAGGGGGCUUUGGCCGGGUGAUGUUGGCUUCUUUUAGACCAAACAAACAACUAGUGGCAAUAAAGGUCUUGAAGAAGCAGUCAGAGGAGAACAACUUUCUUACCAUCGCUAAAGAGGCCUGUAUAUUGAGGAUCAGCAGAGAAUGUGCAUUUUUAUGCCAUUCUUAUGCAGUUUUUCAAUCAGAGCUGGAAGCCUUCCUUGUCCAGGAAUAUUGCAGUGGAAAAUCUAUAGGGGAAAUGAUUCUACGCAAAGGAAAUCUGCCAGAGUCAAGAAUCAUGUUCUACACAGCAGAGAUGGUGGUUGCCCUCCAGUUCCUGCAUGCCAAGGGAAUCAUUCAUCGAGAUCUGAAGCCGGACAAUAUAUUGGUGGAUAAAGAUGGCCAUAUUAAGAUCGGCGACUUUGGCCUUGCUCAAGUGGGCAUGAUUGGCGAGAAGAAGGUCCGCGGCAUAGCAGGAACCCCUGGAUAUCGGGCACCAGAGCUUCUAUGGACGGUUUAUAAUGCAGGAGUGGAUUGGUGGUCAUUUGGGGCUACGAUGUAUGCAAUGGCCACAGGCGAAUUGCCUUUUUCACCAUUAGGCAGCUAUUUAAAUCAAAUUUUGACAAUUAACAUGUACCAACCUAGAUACCCACAAUAUCUGAGCGAGGAAAUGCUGGACCUCCUGCCAAAGCUUUUGAGGUUUGAUGAGACUCAGCGGCUGGGACUGCAUGGAAACAUCAGGGAGCAUGCUUUCUACAGCACAAUCAACUGGGAAGAUCUGGAACACCGAAGGUUGAAGCCCCCUUUCCAGCCAGGAAUGCCAUCAUCAGACGACUUCGAUGAAUACCAGGUCGCAUUCUCCCCUCAAAGUUCCAACCAGGAAACCAACUGGAGAUAUUUCUCCUAUGUAGAUCCCAGCUGGAAAUGGCAGGAGUAA